AUGUACAAAUUUUUAAUUGUUACCAUUUUUGCCACUUUGGCCUGUGGGAUUUUGGCCGCCAGCAAUGAGGACAAAUACGCCCAGAUUACCAAGUAUGUAAACAAUAUUGAUGAAUAUGGCAACUACAAUUACGAUUAUGCCACCUCGAAUGGCAUCAGUGCUGGCGAACAAGGUACCGGUGGUCAGGUGGCCAAUGGUGGUUACUCCUACUACUCACCUGAGGGCGAAUUCGUGCAAGUUUCUUAUGUCGCCAACGAGGAUGGUUUCCAACCCAGUGGCAGCCAUUUGCCUACACCACCACCAAUCCCCCAUUACAUUUUGAAAUCUUUGGAAUACAUUCGUACUCAUCCUUCUAAAUAUCAGGAUGCUUAA